AUGAGCCAGAAGGAGCUACGGGAAAAUGCGUACCGCGUCGUAACGUAUUUCGCCGUCACGUUCUGCAUAGCUGCGAUCAUCAGUGCCGGCCUUUGCAUCCCCCUCAUGUACAGCCAAGUGAGUACGACACAACAGCAGUUUGAAAUGGACACAAAAGCGUGUGAGGAGUCUUUCAACGUGAUGAGGAAAAGAAUGCUGGACAUCAGAAAGUCACAGGAAAGACUAAAUCGAACAACGAGACAAUACAGAGGAGGCGGUGGUAUCUCUGGCUUUCCGCCUGAAAUCAGUCAGCCGGGAUUUGGGCCUCCGCACAUGUUUCCUGAACCGGGCCUUCAAAUGGGACCUGGAGGAGGCGGAGAUGUCAUUUCCACGUUUCAGAAAGUUGGCACAGAGGGCUUGCCGAUAUGCCCGGGUAUUCCACCAGGGCAGCCACCUAUUGUCAGACCGGGUCGACUAUUCUUGAACCCCUGGGGAGUAGAUGCCUGCUGCAUUCCGGGACCAGCUGGCAACCCUGGACCACCGGGCAAACAUGGAGCUCCUGGAACUCCCGGUAUACCUGGAAUUCCAGGAAAGCCGGGAGAGUAUGGUCCUCCGGGAAUCCCUGCACCGGAUGGGAAGAAAGGCAUCCCUGGUCAUCCAGGAUUACCCGGACCACCUGGUAUGUCAGGUACUCCCGGUAGUGAUGGGCCGAUCGGGGAGCCAGGAAUUCCUGCUCCGUACAUGGUUUCAGUUCCAGGCGACAUGGGAGACGUCGGUCUGCCGGGACCAGCAGGUCCGCCGGGACCGCCUGGAAUCAAUGGUCGGAAUGGUCCACCGGGAAUAAUGGGCGGUCCCGGUGGUCCCGGACUACCAGGACCAAGUGGCCCAGAUGGUCCACCAGGUCCUCCCGGUCCAAUCGGUCCAAUGGGAAGGCCUGGCAAUGACGGUGUGUGUCCAACGUAUUGUGCGGCCGACGGCGGCGUAUUUUACCUGAACGGUCAGUCAAUGGGUCCAGCUCCUGUCAUGCCAUACAAGAAGAAGAAAUCGUAG